GCACACCGCUGGGCCAACGUUGGUUAUCUGACAUUUAACUCUUCCGGCUCUCUUCUCUUCACGGCUUGCAUCCAAGGCCAUUCCUUUCACAUAUUCCGCAUCGCCAAUCAUCCGAAGGACUCUCGACAAACGGCCGUGCACCAUCUUUAUAUUCUUGACCGCGGUUCAACACCCUGUGAGGUAACACACGCCUGUUUCUCCCGGGAUUCACGGUGGCUCGCUGCGUGCAGUAACCAUGGUACUACUCACGUAUUUCCAAUCACUCCCUACGGGGGUCCUGUGUCAGUACGUACCCACACGCACUCCCACGUAGUGAACCGCACCUCCAAGUACCAGCGCUCAUCG